AUGGUCCUUUUGCUGUUCCUUGCAAUCCUGUUAUUGAAGGAAGAUGUCUGUGGGAACUUUGGGCUUUUGGUUUCUGCACAGGCCAAUGAAAGAAGGGUGGUUGCACACAUGCCUGGUGAUAUUAUCAUUGGAGCUCUAUUCUCUGUCCACCAUCAACCAACUGUUGACAAGGUUCAUGAGAGGAAAUGUGGAGAGGUAAGAGAGCAGUAUGGCAUUCAGAGAGUGGAGGCAAUGCUACAUACCCUUGACAGAAUUAAUUUGGACCCCACACUGUUGCCAAAUAUAACGCUAGGAUGUGAAAUAAGGGACUCCUGCUGGCAUUCUGCUGUGGCUCUGGAACAGAGCAUUGAGUUUAUAAGGGACUCUCUUAUUUCAUCAGAAGAAGAGGAAGGGAUGGUGCGAUGUGUGGAUGGAUCUUCAUCGUCUUUCCGCUCCAAGAAACCCAUUGUUGGUGUCAUUGGACCUGGUUCUAGCUCAGUUGCUAUCCAGGUCCAGAACUUGUUACAGCUUUUCAAUAUACCUCAGAUUGCUUAUUCUGCCACAAGCAUGGACCUAAGUGACAAAACUCUGUUCAAGUAUUUUAUGAGAGUUGUGCCAUCUGAUGCGCAGCAAGCACGAGCUAUGGUGGACAUUGUCAAGCGCUAUAACUGGACCUAUGUUUCUGCUGUACAUACUGAAGGGAACUAUGGUGAAAGUGGAAUGGAAGCUUUCAAAGAUAUGGCGGCCAAGGAAGGGAUCUGCAUUGCACAUUCCUACAAGAUCUAUAGCAAUGCUGGUGAACAAAGCUUUGACAAGCUUCUUCGAAAGCUUCGGAGCCACCUGCCCAAGGCAAGAGUAGUUGCCUGCUUCUGUGAAGGCAUGACGGUGAGAGGGCUCUUAAUGGCUAUGAGGCGCCUGGGACUUGCUGGAGAAUUUUUGCUGCUGGGCAGUGAUGGCUGGGCAGACAGGUACGAUGUGACAGACGGGUAUCAGCGUGAAGCUGUUGGUGGAAUAACAAUCAAGCUCCAGUCUCCUGACGUGAAAUGGUUUGAUGAUUACUACCUACAGCUUAGGCCAGAAACCAAUCACCGAAAUCCAUGGUUUCAGGAAUUUUGGCAACACAGGUUCCAGUGCCGGUUGGAAGGGUUUCCUCAGGAGAACCCUAAAUACAACAAGACUUGCACAAGCCAGAUGACUCUGAGGACGCAGCACGUUCAGGACUCCAAGAUGGGCUUUGUAAUCAACGCAAUAUACUCGAUGGCGUACGGCCUCCACAACAUGCAGAUGUCGCUGUGCCCAGGCUACGUGGGCCUCUGUGAUGCCAUGAAACCCAUAGAUGGUCGGAAGCUCCUGGAAUCCCUGAUGAAGACUAACUUUACCGGGGUCUCUGGGGACAUGAUCUUGUUUGAUGAGAAUGGUGACUCGCCAGGAAGAUAUGAAAUCAUGAAUUUUAAGAAAAUGGGGAAGGACUACUUUGAUUAUAUCAAUGUUGGCAGCUGGGACAAUGGUGAGCUGAAAAUGGACGAUGAUGAAAUAUGGUCAGAGAAAAAUAAUAUCAUCAGAUCUGUGUGCAGUGAACCCUGUGAAAAAGGCCAGAUAAAGGUGAUCCGUAAAGGAGAAGUGAGUUGCUGUUGGACCUGUACUCCUUGUAAAGAGAAUGAAUAUGUAUUUGAUGAAUACACAUGCAAAGCCUGCCAGCUGGGCUCCUGGCCCAACGACGACCUCACAGGUUGUGACCUCAUCCCUGUCCAGUAUCUCAGAUGGGGUGAUCCCGAACCAAUUGCAGCAGUUGUUUUUGCAUGUCUGGGUCUGCUGGCCACCUUGUUUGUUACAGCUAUAUUCAUAAUGUACCGUGAUACUCCAGUGGUCAAAUCAUCCAGCCGAGAACUUUGCUACAUCAUUCUAGCCGGCAUCUGCUUGGGUUACUUAUGCACUUUCUGUCUCAUUGCAAAACCUCAACAGAUUUACUGUUACCUUCAACGAAUUGGCAUCGGCCUCUCCCCAGCUAUGAGUUAUUCUGCUCUAGUAACCAAAACCAACCGCAUUGCAAGAAUCCUGGCUGGCAGCAAGAAGAAAAUUUGUACAAAGAAACCUAGGUUCAUGAGUGCCUGCGCCCAACUGGUUAUUGCAUUUAUCUUGAUAUGUAUACAAUUAGGCAUAAUUGUUGCCCUCUUUAUAAUGGAGCCACCAGACAUAAUGCAUGAUUACCCAAGCAUCCGAGAGGUCUACCUGAUUUGUAACACCACCAACUUGGGUGUUGUAACUCCCCUUGGAUAUAAUGGAUUAUUAAUUUUGAGUUGCACCUUUUAUGCAUUUAAGACAAGAAAUGUUCCAGCUAAUUUCAAUGAAGCAAAGUAUAUUGCCUUUACAAUGUAUACCACCUGCAUCAUUUGGCUGGCUUUUGUGCCAAUAUAUUUUGGAAGCAACUACAAGAUAAUAACCAUGUGUUUCUCAGUGAGUCUGAGUGCCACGGUGGCCCUUGGCUGUAUGUUUGUGCCCAAGGUCUAUAUCAUCCUUGCUAAGCCUGAAAGGAAUGUACGCAGCGCAUUCACCACAUCGACUGUGGUCCGCAUGCAUGUAGGGGAUGGAAAGUCAUCUUCAGCUGCAAGCCGCUCAAGCAGCCUGGUGAACCUGUGGAAAAGAAGGGGAUCAUCUGGUGAAACCCUUAGGUACAAAGGCAGGAGACUGGCCCCGCACAAGUCGGAAAUAGAGUGUUUCACCCCAAAAGGGAGUAUGGGGAAUGGUGGGAGAGCUACAAUGACCAGUGAAGAAUCUGUUUGCAUUCCAGACUGUAAUCGAUCUGAGUCAAGUAGAGAGGAGAAAAAGGUUCCUGUUAAAGAGGAUGCCCUAACAGUCAAAAAGACUGGAAACUGUGUCAGUCUAAUAGUUCCACAGCAAGACUGUCAGCUGCAAGACCUACUCAAACACUCUAAUGGGAAAUCAGUGUCCUGGGCCCAGAACGAGAAAAGCAGCAGAGGAGCACACCUUUGGCAGCGGUUGUCAAUCCACAUCAACAAAAAAGAGAACCCCAAUCAAACUGCAGUGAUCAAGCCUUUUUCUAAAAGCACAGAUAGUAGCCGACAUAGUAGCAGCGCUACAUUUCCUGAGGCCAGUGCCAAAACGCUUUACGACGUUUCAGAAGCGGAAGAGCAAUACCCAGCUCAGUACCGACCGCAGACUCCCUCACCUAUCAGCACCCUGAGCCACAGAACUGCCUCCGUUAGCCGAACAGAAGAUGAUGCCCCUACCUUCCAGUCAGAGCCUCCUCAGCGAAGUAGCUCCUCUCAAGGUUCCCUCAUGGAGCAGAUCAGUAGCGUGGUUACUCGCUUUACAGCCAAUAUCAGCGAGCUGAACUCUAUGAUGCUUUCAACAGCCACUCCAGGGACAAUGGUGGCCACUCCUCUCUGCUCUUCGUACCUGAUUCCACGGGAAAUCCAGCUCCCUACGACGAUGACCACCUUUGCAGAGAUCCAACCGCUUCCUGCCAUUGAAGUCAACGGCGCUUCGCAGUCAGCUAGGAAACCUUCAAAUGGCAGCAUCAAAGAAGGCACUUCAGAGACCCCAUCAGCCAAGCAAGACCUUGAGGAGUUGGUAGCUUUAACUCCUCCUUCUCCUUUUAGAGACUCCAUCGAUUCUGGAAGUGCAUCUCCCAGCUCUCCGGUUUCCGAAUCAGCUCUCUGUAUCCCAUCCUCCCCAAAGUAUGACACGCUCCUCAUCAGAGAUUAUACUCAAAGUUCUUCUUCGCUGUGA